GCAGUAUAGAGUAGUCUCGCUCACGGUCGCGCCCCCCACCGAUUUUUGCAAGUGUUUCUCGUCGCAGCCGCGUGUUACGGCGCGCGUGUUUCGGCGUCUGUGUGUGUGUGCGUGCGGUCGGGCGGGUGUUUGCGCGCGUGUCCGCGUGUCCGUGCUCAGCAGCGAUAUCGGCUCGUUCGACGAUCGUCGCGGCCGGAAGCGUACAAUAAAAUAUCGUUUUACGAUAUCGAUAAAAGCGACGACGACGACGACGACGACGACGACCAAACGACGACCAAACGACGUUUAAACGACGACGACAACAAGUAACAUAAUCACGACGUGGUCGCGUAGUUAGGUUUUCGAUUUCUCAUCGUCUCUCAUCCCUUUACAUCCGUUGAUUCCGGAAGAAAGAGAUAAAGAUUGGAGCGCACGUUAACGCCGAACGCUGGCGCGCCGGCCACUGUGGUCAUGACCGCGCCGGCGGUGUCGUCGACGUACGCGACGAUGGCCGCGGCGUCAAUGUCUACCAACGCUGCCGCCGCUACUAACGCUACCGCUGCCGCUGCCGCCGCCGCCGCUGCCGUCGUCACUAUUACUCGUGCUGCCGCCACAGCCGCUGUCACAGUCGCUGAGUUCUGUUCUAUUGCUGCCGCUGCCGCCGCCGUAUCUACUACUACUACAUCCGACGACUACACAACGACCGCCGACAUUACGACAACCGAUACUAUUCUUACUACUCUUAAUACUACUAUUAAUACUACUAAUACAAACAUCGCAACUAUUACCUCAGACGUUUACGAUACCUUAACCAUUAUUGCGUUUACCGGUGCUCUAACCACUAUUAUUACCACUACAGCGGUGGCGGCGACAACGACUCGGUGGUCAGCCGCGUUACGCCACCAUCUACACUGAUAUUAUGGGCCGCCGCGUAGCCCGCACCGUUUUACGGCAACGUCGUCGUCGUGUGCGGACAGCGGACCGCCGCCGUCGCGGGUUCUGUGUUGUUAUGGUCGAUUGUGCGGGUCACCAGCCCGGCGACGAGACAUGAUCUCUGGCGUCGACACGACGCUACAACGCAUCUCCGCAGUCGUCAAAUCGUCGUUUCCCCAGGCAGUUGCAGCUGUUGUACAACAUCACCAUCACCAUUGCCACCGCCACCACUACGCGCUACCGACUCAUCCGUCAAGUACAAGGAGGAAAAAUGCGGAUUCCGCGGCGAAACGGCCGGAUCGGUUGUGAUAGAGUGGUGGCGCCGGUUCCGGCGGUACAAUGCGCGCUGCCAGCACCGGCGGCGGUGUCAUCCGUCUCGUCGUCAUUUGGCCGAUGGUGCUCGCAGCGUUGGUCAUGACCGCAACCGGUGCCUCGCCAACGUCCGCCGCGGUGUACGCCGCUACGGCCACCGUCACGGCCGCCACGGCCACGGUCACCGCGGUCGCAGCGAGCCGCCGGACCGGGCCGCAGCCCCCGUCCCCGUCCCGGUCGUCGUCAAAGUCAUCACCACCACCGGCGCCGCCGCCGCCGCCGACGGUCGCGGGCAACGCGACGGCCGACACUGCGGCCUGCGAAUUGGUGCGCGUGUCGCUCCGGGAGCCGGCGUGCACCGGACAGAUAAGCGAGGGCCCGGGCCCUCCGCGGUGUCCCGCGGCCAUUCCGUGCGGCCGACGUGCCGAUAACGAUAAUAAUAAUAAUUAUAAUAAUAAUAAUAAUGAUAAAAAGUAUAAUUAUGUUAAUUACGAUUACGAUAAUAAUAACGAUAACGAUAGUAUUAAUAAUUUUAAUAACGAUAAUAACGAUAACGAUAACGAUAACGAUAAUAAUAAUAAUAAUAUUAAUAACAAUAACAAUAAUAAUAAUAAUAAUAAUAAUAGUAGUAGUAGUAAUCAUCAGUGCCUUGAAUACGCCCAUCGGCAGCUCAUACCGGCCAUGUGCCCGGACGACCCGGGUGCUUAUCGCCGACCCGGCCGUCUGUCCCGGUACCGGCUCCGGCACUGCUGCCACCACACCGUCGAGUCGGUCGUGCAGCAGCCAUACGCGGACAAGGAGUCGUGCGUCGACCAGGUGAACAAAGCGCUCGAUAUGGACGACAUCGCGGCCGCCAUGUCAUGUCAGUUCAACGAGGUGUUGGCCAGGUACGACUGCAAGCAAAAGUACUCCGCCAAGUCGUGCGAUUCGUGCAAGGACGCUUAUUCUCUGUGGGCGUGUGCCGCGGUCCUGCCUCACUGGACCCGGACGACAGCGAAACAGGGACGCCGCGGCCGUUACAGGGUGAACGCUUGCCGAUCCGUGUGUCUGGAAGCUGAACAAAAGUGUCCGUGGUUACUUCCGGUAGCUGAUGACGCCAACCCGUAUGCCGGCGAGGCAUCGUUCACUUGUAUAGAUCCGGACAUAUGGUUCCAGACGUCUGCGACGGACGUGACAGAACAAUGCUGCUAUGAGCACUGUGCGGACGGUCUAUGCGUACGGAACGAAACGCUGUGCAACGGUGGCAGUGGCGGCUCCGCGGAUCUUCAGAGACCGGUGUGCGUGGAAAAUGUUCCGCUGGCGGAUGAAGAGUCUCAGUGCACCGAUUAUAGUCUAACUGACUCGUCCUCAACCCAUAAUCGACCGGACCUGUCACUGCAGUUUUUAUUGUGGGCGGCAUCGGGGCUGGUGCUGGCAGCGGCGGCAGCUGUCACGUAGCAAUUGACGAGACGAUGACGAAAAUGACCGACGACGGGGAUAACGGAGAUACAAAACAAAAUACACGAUUUCCGCAAAAUUACAAAUCUAUUAUUAUUAUUAUUAUUAUUAUUGUUAAUAUAAAUUAUUGUUGUUAUUAUUGUAAUGCCACUUGCGAACGGACGAGGUUUUUAUCUCAAAAAAGAAAAAAAAAAUGAAACCAAAAAAUAAUAAUAAUUAUUAUUAUAGUAUGAAAAAAAAAAUAAUAAUGAAAAUAACGACGGACCGCCCGUCUGAUUAACGCGGACGCAACGGGCACGAGCAGUACUUAUAAUAGCUCGUCAUCGUUGCUUGAGGGCGGCCGGUGAACCGGAGGGAGCUUGACACCUCUCUGACAGGGUCCUCGUUCCUGAUAAGACUAUUAUUGAAAUACUUAUACAAUACAUUAUAUUGUUAUAAAAAUGCAAACUAUCAUACACACACAAACACAAACAUAUACACAUACAAGAGGCGUAACUAAGGGAAGGUAGCCUGAGGGUAGAUUUGUCACCUCUUCUGACGAAUAAUUCAAACUUUAGUAUCCAUUGAAAUUAUUCGAAAAUAUUAUACAGGCUAUCAAAAGCUGUAUAAAUAUAUGGUAUAUAUAUUUUAAUCCCAUCUUCACGAGAUCAGUUGUUCGUUAUUAAGGCCGUAUCACAUUUAUACACACCAGUGACAUAACUCAGUGGGGGUGAUCAGUACAUAUUUGUCACUCCCCCUCUCUAAAAUAAUUUAAACUUCAGCAUCUAGAAAAAUAAUAUUAUUAAGACUAUCGAAAGUAAUAAAAUAUAUUAUAAUGUAUACGUUUUAACCAUUCUACUCAAGUUUGAUUAUACGGUUACGCCCAUUUCACACAAACACACACACACACACACACACACACACACACACACAUUUACCACGAUCGUUGGUGCCAUAGGUUUUUUCAGACCGGGACCAAUAAAAUAUAUUAUCACAAUAUAUGAACGCACGACGAACGCGCGCAAUUAUUAUACUGACGGAUAUAUUAAUAUAAUUAUUGAAACAACGCGUAAGGCGUAGCGUAUUAAUAUAUUAUAAUAAGAUUUUCAAUGCGAAUAUAAUUUAACUAAAUACUUUUGUGUUAUUGUAGUGCUAAGACCAUUAUAAUAUAGAUAACUACACGUUACCGCUAUUAGAUCGUAGUGAGUUGUAUGACUCAAUGUCCGAAUAAGUUGUAUAGAGUAAGAAAUGGAUUCACGCAUUUGUUUUUUUUUCAUUCUGUAUUCUUGUUUCAAUUAAUUUUUAUAAAUUUAAUUUCAAUAUCUUACGAAAAAUUUGAGCGAUGGAUAAGAGAAAUUUGAUAGUUACGUAACGACGAUCGAUUACAACAAUUAUUAGUUAUUAUUUAAGUUUAUUAAUUGAUAUCGUCGAAAACACGGAGUGUUUUAAUCUUGUCAUUAAAUGUACCUAUCAUACUCAUAACCGAUGUGAUUUGCAUCUUUACCUAUUUAAUGCACGCCAUCUGUCAAAUGUGUUAUUUUAAGACAUUCAAAAGAUAAAUUGCGCUUGAAUUACUAAAACGGUUUCACGUGACAAAUAAUCAAUAAUUAUUUGGGGAUUUUUUUUUAUCCACCACAUUAAAAUUUAAAAUCUAACAAAGUAAAAUUUAA